AUGGUGACCAGAAUGUCAGUACUCCUCUCCUAUCCACCCAACCCCAUUUCCGUCACCUUUUACAACGACAUCUUCAUACCACAUUCGACCUCGGACGCCUCUUUGUUUGGCAUCCAUCGGCACUGCUCUCGGCCAUCCGCCUUGAUUGACACUUUCUCGACGGCUUGUGACUCUUCACUGGCAUUUGUUGACACCGUCUCCUCGUCGUCCUGCGUGUCCUGCGGCUCCUCCUCGCCUGACUCUCCACCAGGUGCCUCUGACGCCGAGGCACCUCCUCCCUUCAACCAAGUGAAAUACCCCUUUGCACAUGCACUCCGCAACCCCCACACACCACAACACUUGUCGAAAAAUGGGUAUUCACCCUCGCCUGACCGUUUAACUGGGUACUCCAUUCCACCUACAACAUCACCACCAAUUCAUUUUCUUCCGCUUUCGCCCUCCUUUGCGCGUCCUCCGGUCUCACCCUUUUCGUCCGGCGGACGCUACACCUCUUCCGUCUACCUCUCCGAGACAGGCUACGGCGGACUGAGUCUGUCGAUCGAGGGGCCGAGCAAAGCGGACAUCGAGUGCCAUGACAACCAAGAUGGCACCUGCCUAGUGACCUACCGGCCCACUGAGCCUGGCACUUACAUCAUCAAUGUGAAGUACGCUGACGAGCAUGUGCCCGGCAGUCCGUUCGCGGUGCAGAUUGGAGGCGAACCCUCGGCCAGGCUGAUGGAGCGGAUCACACGACGCCGGGAAUUGGCCGACGUGACGCACGUGGGCAGCCAGUGUGAACUAAGCCUGAAGAUACCGGGUGAGCGUGAAGCACGGAGGUCGUUUGUCACCCGACCAGAUCCCCUCGGCCUCUGCAUCGACCCUCUGUUGCUACGCUAG